AUGAGCUCCGGCGACGAGUCAGCCUGCGAGCUGUCCAGCGACGACGACACGCCGCAACGGUCGCGCGCAUCCUCCCGCCGACAGUCACACACACCGGACACCCCGCGCAAACGCCGCAGGAUCGAGUCGGCCGACCCUUUCCGUGUGCGCAAGUACUAUCUCGAGGGCAAGUACAGCGAUGCCUACCGCGUUCUGUUCAAUGAAGACGUCACCCAAGCGGCUGCUCGCUUUGGGCCAGAGGACGGCGUGCAGCAUUAUACGGCACAGUACGGCGCCUCGACAUGGACUGGUCAGGAGCAGGCGACUCUGUUUGCAGCUCUCGCACGACUUGGCAAAGACGAGGUGGCAGGCAUAGCGCAGGCUGUUGGCACCAAGAGCAUCCCAGAGACGCGCGAGCUGCUGCUCCUGUUGAACGAUGCGGCUGCCAACGAGGGAGACUUGGCCCUGACAUUGCGCCAUGUGCCUGCCGCCAUGGAAGUCGGCCACGAGUGCAAUGAGGAGCUCGAGGUCAUGGCCGGAGCCCUGGCCUGGUAUCAAGAACAGUGGGACGUGGCCGAGGAGCAGAAGCGCUACGGCGACUACUGGCUGGUCACUCCUGCCAUUGCCGACGACAUCGAGACAGCCAUCAAUGGCCCCUCUAGAGCUGCGUCGACUCGCCCAACUACACCCGCUGAGCCUGGCCCUCCCCGCACAGGCCCGGGCAUCGCUGGCUCCUGCGAGCGCUGCAAGCACCAUAAAAUCCGCUGCGACCGAAAGACUCCCUGCACUAGCUGUGCUCGAAUGAAGAAGAAAGUCGUCUGCGAAUACAAGCCGUCCAAGCUAAACCAUCGCUCAGUCGACCUUAUGCCGCAGUCGCCCAAGGUCGAGGAACAGGCACCGCCAGUCAUUGCUUUACAACCGCAAAUACUACAGGAGAUUCCACAAGCCAGCCUGCUCCAUGCCGAGAACAUGCUCUCGCUGUCCAGAGACCUUUUCAUGAACCGCUCGCCUGACAUUCCCUCGCCCUGGCCUCACUGGACAGCAUAUGCUUCUGAACAGGUGCCACAACCCUCGAUGAUGCGCACAGCAUUCAAUGACUUUUACACGCUUGCCGUCUCCGUGACCAAACGCCUAAUGCAAACAGCCAUGGCGCAGGCGACAUCGCGCCUUCGUUCUCAGCGCCGUCGCACUAAGAAAGGGGUCAUGCCGUUUGUAAAGACAAGGGAUGUGCUUUCUGCAAUCGACAUUCUUGGCCUGAAGAGGAACGGACGUUCACGGUGGACAAGAGUCGCGAGACGCUGCAACGUGCGAGUUUUCGACGAGCAGCGGACCACGCGAUUUAAAAUCGAGCAUCGUGAGGUAUCAUGGGACCAGGCAGAGCAAAUCUUGGGACUUUAUGAUGCAGUAUCUGGUCCACCGACCGCUGAUCAAGUCCUCGACCAGCAUGCUGCAGAUCCUGGCUCUCAUGGUGAAGCCGCCUUCGAACGCAGGGCAGCUCGUGCCGGAACGCCUCUGCCAAUGGAGUAUCUGUCUCUCUCAAAAACAGACUCGAAUACUGCGCUUGAGAACACUGCAGAGUCUGCUUCUGUAGUGUCUGACGAUGAAGAGGAAGAGGACUCACAUCACGAAGAACAAGGCACAGAGCGGCCAUCAAGUGCUGAGCCUGAGGAUAUAGUCCAAGACGGUGUGCCUGAGGAACAAACCCUGGAACAGUUCGAUCAAGAGGCCAGUCGACGGGAAGAAGAAGCGCUCUGUAACCGCUUGGAGUUGAUCAUCGAAAUGCAGAGGUCGCCCAUCGUCGACAGAUGUGAAGACGAUCAACAGAAGCUCUUCAACAAAGUCGAUGACUGGCGCAAUUGGACGGAUUAUCACGCAACAUGGGAAGAGCAUGAGACUCCGGUACCAGCGUCAAGAUUCGAUGCUUACCAGAAGCUGCCCACGACGCCAGCUGCUUACCUUCUUGAUGUUGACGCGGAUGUGUUAUCAGAUGCGUCUGCAAACUCCCAGCAGUUUAGAAGAAAGCGGCGCGCUGCAGUCGAACUGCAAGCACAGAACCCUCACAGCUAUGCAGCUAUGCAGAGUGAUGUCUACAGCCUUCACGAAAACGCUUCGAGAUCUGAUGAGUCCGAAUCUGACGAGGAAGCUGAUGCAAAUGUUCCUACUCAGUCAACCGAGGACAGCGGUCUGGCGCAGAGCACCAGCUCACGAGACGCUAUGGAGUGGGAGAGGUAG